AUGUUCUUAUCCGACCCCUUCUCUCCAUUUUUGGCCUCCUACCUACCCCCUCCUCAAUUCCCGCAGCCGCCAGCCUCCUUCCUCCUCAAUUUCCGCGCCGGCCCUCUCCUCCUCCGCCACUUGGCGCUGCCCCCGCUCCCUCCACCAGUCAGCGCCGCCGCGGCCGUCCAGGCCCGCACGAGGCCCCCGAAGCCCAUCGGGGCCCGUUCCUCAGCCCGCAGCCCCGAGCUCCCUGCCCCCCUCGAUCUGGAUCGAGGGAGCCCGAGCGAUGCUCUCUCCCGCAGCGCCGGCGAGUCCGCCUGCCUGCUGUCGUCGCCGGAGCCGCCGUCUCCGCCGUCCCAGGUCGCCGCCUCCGCCGUCUCCCGUCUUGCUCUCCUCCUUCCUCACUGCCUCUCUCUCUUCCGCAGGUUGCCGCCGCCGCCGGAGCUCCGAGCUCGCCGCCGCCGCCCGGAUCUCGUCGCCGGAGCCCCUCCGACUUCCUCCCGUGGCCGGAUCCGGCUUCGCGCUGUCCGGAUCGGUCCACUCCAGCCGCCCCGCACCGUUUCUCGCCUGCUUCGCCGUCCAAGGCUCGCCGCCGCUCGCCGGAAGCACUGUCGGCGCAGCCUCCCUCUCUUGCGCGUGCGUGUGAGCGCACGGGGCCGCUGCCUCGCGGGCCCGCAGCCCAGCCGCCGGCCUCCAAGGCCCAGCUCCAGCCGAACUGGGCCUCAGCCCACUAGCUUCGGUUUCGUUCCGGAGUUGUGAGGAUUCGUUCGACUACGUCCGUUUGUCUUCUUCAU